AUGGAUUCCCCCGCCGUCCCCGCUCCGCUGGAUCCGCACGAACAGCCGAUUCUCGACCGGUUGCUGCACACUCGCGAUGCCCUUAUAUUAAUCAAACAAGACAAGUCCUCAUAUAUCAAAUCUCGCGAUGUACUCCCUUUAUACGAAGAAGUGAUUGGGGAAGUGGAGAAGCUCAAUGCCGUGCGGAAAGAAGGAGACCGCCGGCUGUCACAUAACCGACUGGACUACGUCUUGGACGACUGUUUCCAAUUGAUUUCCCUGCUGUUCCUGACGGUGGGGCGAAACAACGAAGCUCCCGCAGUUUACUCCCUUGCGACCACUGUGCAACGAUUGCUUGACCACCUUGAAGAGGCCGGUUUCUACAGCUCAAAAGACCUGGACUCGAUCACCAAAACACUGGCCAACAUGACCGAGACCAUUGAACGCUGUCGCGACGCAUAUUCACCGGCGCUCCUCACCCUCCUAGAGCGACGUUUGGAGAAAUGCCAGCGGCUAUUGACGAAGCUGCGGAGCGGUCUGUCCGCUUUGAGUCCCGACCUCGCGUCAACACAUGAGACUCUUGUGUCCAUUCUGCGAUCUACCUCCGCUGUCAAUACUCGGUCUAAGUUCUCCGCGACGGAAGUCAACGGACUUCGGAACCAGCUGAAGAAGAUCGAGGGCACGAUGAAAGACGGCAAUUUCGUGGGUCCCGACGGAUCUGUGCUUAACGGCCAGGACGGACCGAAGCGCCUGAUGGAGCGCUGCUGGCGAUGGACGGAAAUCGUCCUCGAACGGGAGGGAAAAAUCGACGAUCGAUUCCAAGAGCAAUACGAGCGUCUGUUGGAUAUUCGCAACCAGUUGGACCGCUUGUCGGUGACGCAGGCGUGGUCGCUACGUGAGACCGAUCUCUUUGGUUACCAGCGCAAACUCGAUCGGAUUGACGAGGCGCGCAUCAACGGCAACUUCGUGGAUGCACAAGGGCAGCCGGCAGAUAUCCAUGCACAGAGGACGCUGUUGUAUCUGAUCCGGAGAAGCUACGGAUACAUUUAUGCGCUGCUGAUCUCGUCGGAGCCCGUGUCGGAGGCAUUACUGCCGGUUUACAACCAGCUACAAACCCUGCGGCGAUGUCUGCUCGAGGUCAAAGAGUCCGGCGGUGUGUCGAACUCGCGCGAGCUCUACCCCUACAGCAUGAAGCUCAACUCGAUCGAUAACAUGCGAGUCGAUGGCAAAUUCUACGUAGGAAGUGAUAUCCCCGAAGGACAAGGAAGUGUCAACGCGUUGCUGGCGGAAUGCUACGACAUUGUUUGGGAGCUGCGGGCGGCCGUGGUAGAUGAGGACGAGGGCGGUUCAUAG